UUAGUGCUACACUUGCAUCCAAGAUGGGCGGGAAGUGCAUCACGAGACAGCUCUUUAUUUUGUUUAUUCUUGUUUGUUUUUUGCAAACACUCGAAUUUUGUGUCGGCCAGGUGUAUGAUAUCGACGACUCGACUGGCGUUGGAAGGCAAUUUGAUGGGAUUGGAGGUAUCAGUGGUGGCGGUGCAACAUCAAAGCUUUUGGUGAAUUAUCCAAUGAAACAGAGAGAUGAAAUACUUGACUAUCUAUUCAAGCCAAAUUUCGGUGCUUCACUGCAUAUUUUCAAAGUUGAAAUUGGUGGAGAUUCUCAAAGCACAGAGGGUUGUGAAGCAUCACACAUGCAUGAAGCGUGGGAUGAAAACUACCAUAGAGGCUAUGAAUGGUGGAUGCUAACAGAGGCUAAAAAGAGAAACCCUAAUAUCAAGAUAUAUGCUUUGCCGUGGGCUUUCCCUGGUUGGGUUGGGAAUGGAACCAGAAACCCAUAUACCUAUCCCAACUUAACUGCUACAUAUGUACUGAAGUGGGUACAGGGGGCUAAAAAGUAUUACAGUGUUGAUGUUGAUUACAUUGGGAUAUGGAAUGAAAGACCAUACAGCACUACUUAUGUUAAG